AUGGAAUCAACGGAUUCAGAGCAUUGGCUCAGAGGGUGCUAUGGAUGUUUUGGCGGUUUUAUCGGCGGUUUUACGGCGGUGCCAACGGGAGCGUCGACCGACCGGCGUGCCUUUUUGGCCGCUGGUUUCCUCGAUGCCAAGCAGUCAGGGCGUGCGGACGAUCUGCAUGCGGACGAAGGUGAGGGACGCUCGAAAAGGGCUUGCUCGCUGGCUUUUUGGGCUUUUCGAGCUUGCGGGGUGACUGGAAUCACCUACGACGAUCGUGGAACUGCGUUGGCUCAAUCUCUUAGAGAGACUCUCUCGAUGAGCUAUGGCUGCAUGGUAUGGAAGUGCAAAGGAAGUGACCAGCUCGUCUGA